AUGAGAGGAGGAGUGAGGAGGAGAAGAAAAAGAGAGCAAUGGCGGCGGCGGGCUUUUCGCUGCACUAUCUCCUCUGCUCUCUGCAGCCCUCUCCAUAAAGGCCACACCUACAUUGGGUUUACUGUGAAUCCCAGGCGAAGGAUUCGUCAGCAUAAUGGAGAAAUCAGGUGUGGUGCGUGGAGGACGAAGAGAGGACGGCCAUGGGAGAUGAUUCUUUGCAUCUACGGCUUCCCUUCCAAUGUCUCGGCCCUUCAGUUUGAAUGGGCCUGGCAACAUCCAACAGAGUCUCUAGCUGUGAGAAAAGCUGCUUCAAAUUUCAAGUCCCUUUCUGGCAUAGCUAACAAAAUCAAAAUGGCUUACACAAUGCUUAAUCUUCCAUCAUGGGAAAACUUAAACCUCACAGUGAAUUUCUUCUCAACCAAAUACAUGAAGCAUAUUGGUGGCUGUCCAAAAUUACCCGAUCAAAUGAAAGUAAAUGUUUGUGUUAUGGAUGAACUCCCAUGCUACGUCAAAGGUCAGAUAGAUGAUGUAGAAGACUAUGAUGAAGACAAGAUUAACGAAGACGAUAAGGAAGUGAAAGAAGAUAAUGAGUCUGUUGAAAGAUCAUCUCCUUGUGAUUUCCCCUAUGACAAGGGAUUCAAUAAUUUUGUGUACGAGUAUCAGUCCCAUGCUGAGUCUCCAAAGCCUGCCUUCAAUAAAAGCUCUUGCAACGAGCAAGAGUACUCUCCAGGAUGUUUCAAUAAAGAGAUGGGAACAUCAGAUAUUGCAUUCAAUGGGAUGGGAUUCAAUAAUAUUGGCUAUGAGUCUCCCAAGCCCGCAUUCGGUAAAAUUUCAUGCACCGAACAAGAAUACUCCCCAAGGUGGUUCAAUAAUGAGAUGGGAACAACAGAGGGUGCAUUGUUUCAAGAUGAAGGGAAUAUCAUAGAUUUGUCGACGCCAUCUAGCUGCAUUGUUGCAAAAUGCAAGAAGAAAGCUAAAGUUUCUUCAGAAUUUAUUGAUCUGACGAACUCCCCUUUUGUUAUCCAGCUGUAAAUAUAUAAAUUUUUAGUGAAAUAUUUCUUC